UAUACCUUAGUUUGUUGUUACCAACUGUUUCAGAAACUCUUUUUAUUUGUACUGGAAGUAUAGGACUGACAUUUUCAAAGAUGAGAGAGUGAAGCAUGCGCUCCAGGGGGGCGCGUAGUUGGCGAGAUGUCCUUUUCAACAUCACUGGAGGUUCAAUGCCGUAAUGUUCAAUUCAGGUGUAGAUCUCACUUUUAAAAGCAGGGAGAAUGAUUCUGAACUUCUCAGCAACACCGUACACCCAUGCUACAACGCUGUUACGACGGGAAACGUCUCCAUCAUGCAGAACAAAUCGUGCGGGGAGCAAUUACUCGACUUUGACACGGUGGAGAAAAUAUUCAUUGGGACUAUGCUGGCUAUCAUCACAGCGGUCACAGUGAUGGGAAACACUCUGGUAGUUAUUGCAGUGUGCGUGGUUAAAAAACUGCGCCAGCCAUCAAACUAUCUGUUGGUAUCUCUGGCAGUAGCAGACCUCUCCGUGGCGCUUGUAGUUAUGCCAUUUGUUAUAGUAACAGACCUGACUGGAGGCAAAUGGCUUUUUGGCGAGGUGUUUUGCAACAUUUUUAUCGGAAUGGAUGUUAUGUGUUGUACAGCCUCUAUAAUGACUUUGUGUGUGAUCAGCGUGGAUAGGUAUCUGGGCAUCACCCGACCCUUGACCUACCCGGCCCGUCAGAACGGCCAGCUGAUGGCCAAGAUGAUCCUGGGCGUGUGGCUGGUGUCGGCGUCCAUCACGCUGCCGCCGUUCUGCGGCUGGGCCAAGAACGUGCACACGGGCGGCGUGUGCCUGAUCAGCCAGGACCUGGGUUACACCGUCUACUCCACGGCCGUGGCCUUCUACAUCCCCAUGCUGGUCAUGCUGAUGUCUCACCACCAGUGA